CAGUGUCAAACACGCGUGUCAAAUACACAUUUUGUAUUUUUCAAAAAAGAAUCAAAUGUUCGCGUUUCCCACUUCAAAAAGCAAUUAACUUGACUAGCCUUUAAUGACAAUGACUUCUGCAUUUAGUUCCAACGAUGCCGAGGUAAUUGAGAGACCCAUUGACCCAAUAACAGAUGGGCAAUUGAUCCAAGAAAUAUGGAACGAAGCGAGAUGUGUCGAGUGUUCGACGUGGAUUAAAGAAAAUAACUUCAAAAGGGUGUGCCUUCAAUUUCCCGAUAAUCUCAUAGCAUUUAGCAUCGAAAUUACACAAAAACUGUCACAGCUGGUUGACUCUGAAGUGUUUGUUCUGGGCGAUACAUCGUACGGUAGCUGCUGUAUAGACGAGAUUGCUGCUGCUCACAUUGACGCAGAUGCAAUUAUUCAUUUCGGUCAUGCUUGUCUGAGCAGGGUGUCGAGGCUGCCGGUGCAUUAUGUUUUUCCGAAUUUUCCUAUUGAACCUGAAGUACUUUUGGAUGAGAUACUUAAGCUGGACAUUGACAGUUCGGCUGAAAUAUUAGUAUUUUGCGAUGUUGGAUAUCACUAUAGUUUAGAUUCAAUUCGUUCGGUAUUCGAAUCGAGGCCGCAAAUAAAAAUUGCCGAAUUGGCUGUGAGUUCGGAUCCAGACAUCCUCGGAUAUAACUUAAAUUCAAUUCAGCUGGAAAACAUUUUGACUUGCAUCUACAUCGGGAAGGAUGACCAAUCGUUCUUCAAUUUGAAUGUUUCUUUACCAGAAAAGACUUGGUACCUCUACGAUUUAUCGUCAUCACAUCAAACAGGGAAUUUGAAGAAGAUUGAUCCCUUUACCACCAAUUGGAUGAAGCGACGAUAUUAUUACAUUGAAAAAUGUAAAGAUGCACAGUCAUUGGGCAUUGUCGUGGCAACACUAACUGCCAAAGGUUACCUCGACGUGGUAAAACAUAUUCAAAACUUAGCAAAAAUUCGUGGCGUUCGACCCUAUCUCAUAUCGGUGGGAAAAGUGAAUCCUGCCAAAUUAGCCAAUUUUUUAGACAUUGACUGUUUCGUACUGAUCGGCUGUCCGGAAAAUAGACUAAUUACAUCGCGUGAUUUCUACAAACCAUUGUUGUCAACAUUUGAGGUGGAAGUGGCACUAAAUCCAGCAUGGCGUCAACAGAUGCCGGAACGAUACUUCGUUGAAUUCAAAGAAGUGUUGCCGAAUGGAAAACUCUUCCGUGAGAUUGGCGACGUGCUGGAAGAGGAAAGUGAUGUUAGUCUUGUUAGUGGCAAAGUUCGUUUAACCAAUUUGACGGACAGUACGAAUGACCUUGAGGAUGGUUCGGGAAGGGCGUUAAUGAAACGGAAUAAUUUGGAGCUCAUGCAUAUGGAUUCAAGUUCAACGUUUCAAAAUCGCUCGUGGACAGGACUGGAUCCAGAUUUAGGUAAAAGUAGUCCGACGAAAAUUGUUGAUGGUAGAUCGGGGAUAGCAAUGAAAUAUGACGAAAAAAGUGAAUAAAAGGUGGAUGGGGA